AUGGAUCCCUUUAACAACCCGAACAACUCGAACGUCCCCAACAACCCGAACAACCCCAACAACCCGAACCCACCGAACACCCCGAUUGUUUUUUCGGUGCCGGGAUACUAUCCGAUGAUAGAACCGAACCAAUUCAGUCAAUUUUCCUCAAAUGCUUUUGCUGCAUUCCAAAACUCACCGAAUGUUUUUGCGCACACGCAACAAAGUCAAGCCAUACAACAAUUGAUGAUGCGGAAUGCUUUUAAUAUCCAACCCGUCCAACCCAAACCGAACCCGACGCAACCCAUUCGAUCCGAACCCGACGAGGAUGUUGUCGAAGUUGUUCCCGAGACCCAACCGCAAAAAGGCAAACGAAGAAAAGGCAAGCAAGUUGCGGGUGAGCAAAGCCAACCGUCCAAACCAAAGCCGAAACCAUGGACGCAACUCGAGGAAGAAGCCUUAGCGAAGGCUUACAUACGCACGUCCACACACCCAAUUAAAGGUAACAAUCAAACGGGUGAGGGGUUUUGGAAGGCGGUUUUGGUGAAGUUUCUUGAGCUAAUGGACCAAGGGUCAUAUCGAGAUAUCGACUCGGUGUCUUCUAAGUGGCGAAAAAUGAGCGGGUUCGUCAACAAGUUUUCCAAAGAAUAUAAUAGAAUAUAUUCAAGUGAGCGUCGUAGCGGGAUGAGCGACGAGGAUGUGUUCAAAAAGGCGUUGGAUGUUUACAAGUCGAACCAUGGUAUCACGUUCGCACACGUUCGGGUGUGGGAAAUUAUGCGAACGGCACAAAAAUGGGCGCCGGUUCCGAACGAGGUGGAGAUGGCAAAGCGGCAAAGGACAUCGGAAUCCGUUAGUUAUAGCGCCGGCGGAUCGGACGCGAGAUGUCACAUAAACUUAAACGAUGACGCCGAGUUCGAUGAAGAAGAAUACGUCGUAAAGGAAGCGGAACGUCCCCCGGGACGGGACAAAUCAAAGAAGGAGGCGGUGUCAAAGAAAGAAAAGCAAAAGGUCGAUCCGAAGAUGGAGUAG